CCGGAAGUGAUUGUUUGAAAACAAGCAGAACUCGGAUACAUCACAAAAUGUCAAGUUAUCUUAAGUUAAUGAUAAACUAGACUGUCAUAUGAUAUGGAAUAGAUCUUUGGACCACCAUGUUUAGGUUAGGGGGGAAACUAAAGUUAAUCUCAAAGAUCCAAGACUUUGUACCAGUUCGUUGGAAAAGCCAGUUUGAAAUUAAGAUGACAAAUGUGUCCUCGCACCUUAUCCUGCGCAAAGUUCCCGAUAGCUUAGCUAAGCAAUCACAGUGUUCACGUCCAUUGGUGCUACUAUUUCCUUGGUUAAAUUCCAAACCCAAAGCAGUGGAUAGAUACUGUGGUUUAUACCAUAAGAAUGGACUCGAUGUGUUAACAAUCAGGAGUGAUGCCAAGCAUUUUCUAUGGCCAUCCAAGGGUGUAGAAAUAGCUCAAGAGCUCCUUGAGUAUUUAUCAAAGGAAAAACCAACAGUACCUUUAAUGGUCCAUGCUUUUUCGGUCGGUGCAUACACUUACACAAUUUGCUUCAUGGAAUUGGUUAACAAUGCCAAGAAAUAUGGAAAUGUUAAAACUAGAAUAUGUGGCCAGAUCUUAGACAGUUUUACUUAUGGUGGACAAAAAGAACAAGGUCUAUCCAAUAUGGGUAACGGGAUAGCAAUAGCUGCUACCAAAAAAUCAUUCCUGCAGUCCAUGAUUCGUGGUGGAAUCGCCUCUUACUUUACAAUCACAAGACCAUUUACUGUCAAGUUCUACGCAGAUGCACUUGAACAGGUUUGGGAGAUGCCAAUCAAGGUUCCAACGUUAGUAAUAUAUUCAAAGGAUGAUCCCAUGUGUUGUCCUGAAGAAACAGAAAAACUUAUUGCUAAUUGGACUGAGAGAAACGAGUUUGAUGUAACAACAAAAUGUUGGGAUAAAUCCGUACAUGCUGGACAUCUUCUUAGUCACCCAAAAGAAUAUGUGGAUACUUUGAGCCAGUUCUCGAAAAAAAUUGGGAUAUAUUCCCUUCAGGCAAAACUUUAG